CAGUCGGCGCAGCAGCCCCGCCGGGCCAGAACAACACGGGCGAUGAGGCCUGUCGCAGCCUGCGUCAUCGCGCUGGCGGCGCUGCUGGCGGCGCAGGCGCGCGGCGGGCUCAUCAGGCGGCUGAUCGCCGAGAACCUGGCCGGGCCGCCGGAGCAGCGCGUGGCCGCGCGCUACGAGUUCGACCCGGACGUGGCGGCGCGGCGGCGGGCCGAGUUCGAGGAGCUGCACGGGCCGCGCGGCGAGCGGCUGGUGGAGCGCCUGGGGCUGGGCGAGGACGGCUUCUCGCGCGAGCGGCGGCUGCGGCAGCGGGCCCGCGACCUGGCCCCGCCCGCCGCCGCCACACUGGCCCCGCCCGCCAACGCCACACUGGCCACGCCCGCCGCGUGAACUGCGGUGCAAGCCGGGACACGACAGCCGGGAAGCACGUCAAUGCACCAUGCGACACCGGCGAAAUGCAACAAAGAAACCAUGGGAUUAAUAAACGUAUUUAAUCAAAACUCUACUCACAUUACAAAAAUUGUAAGCUUCCAAUAUAUUAAAUUUAACGAAAGUAAAUUAUUGAAGCAUGGAGUUAUUACCAAAAAUGUAUAUGCUGAUUAUAUUGGAAAUUUUUUGGGGGGUAGAUUUCAAAGAAAUAUACUACCUAUUUGUAGCCGUUACCAUGAUGCGACAAUCGGGAAAAAUUUUAUAUAGUUUUUCGUUUCAUGGUCCAUAGAUCCCAAAACUAUCGUCAACACUCUCUCUCUCUCUCUCUCUAUAUAUAUAUAUAUAUAUAUAUAUAUAUAAACAAAAUUUUGUGGACACAAUAUAUAUUGCAAUUAAAAAAAAUCACUUCCAAACUGAUACAAAAAAUAUAUGUAAUUGAGGAAAAUAUCGGCCGAGUUUGUUAGUAGGCAAUAUCCGACCAAACUAUUGCUGCAAGUGUUUGAAAAAAUGAGGGGUUGAAUUUAAAAAAAAAAUCAUAACUCUCUUAGUAGGUACACUAUCAAAUUCGUUCAAAUUGUUUGUAAAUCUUCUAAUUUUUUACCUAAAACUUAUAUCUGAAACAAUUUUUGAUCAUACAAAAGGAGUUGAAAUAAAGGUAGAAAGACCAAAUAUCAUAACUUUUUUUAAAAAAUAUAUACUAUCAAAUCCAUUAUAAUUUAUUGUAAAAUGCCCAAACUUUAUCGAAAACUUUUGGCUGAAACAAUUUUUGAUGAAACGUACUAUUACUGUAAAAACAGGUCUUGAAAUUAAAAAUGAAUAAAUAAAUAAAAUUUUCUUUGAAUAAAAUUAGUCGAAAUACUUAUAUCAAUAGCCAUCUUAAUGUGACUUUAAACAUUUAGAUAUUUUUGCUUGUCGCAGAAACACCCAUUGAGUACACAAACAACAAUUAUUUCUUGAUUCGAACGGUUAUCUAUGCUGACUCCUAAAUGUAAUAAAAAUACAGGUCUUUUUUUUUGUUAGUGCUAAUAAUGUAGAAAUUCUUGGGCUCUGAAUGUAAUUAAACUACACAAACGCCAACUUUAUUUUCUCUCUAAUAAAAUAAAGAUAAUAAAUUACUCUGGUUAUUUUUCAAACCUCCAACCUUGCAAAUUACUUUCAAGUUUGCAAUUGAAUGCAUAUUAUUCAGAUAGUGAGGCUUCCUUGUCAACUGUGAUCGUUGAGGCACCAUGCUAAUGAUGCGAUGGCAUGGCGUUCGAUCCCAAGCCUCGUUAUGAAUCCAUAUAUGAGCCUAUGGUGGACCUAAACGUAUCGAACAGUUUAAAUGCAGUUAUUUCCGUGACAAACACAAAUUACCACUUAAUUUUUUUUAAUAUAAUUUAAACAAAAGCGUGUGUUUGUUUGAGCACCAUUUGUAAACAAACGCUGAUUUUGACAGUUUAGUUAUUAAAUAGUAAGCCACUGCUUGUGCCAUGCGCAGAAGACAAGAAUCAGUCUACAUCAUCAUCAUCAUCAUCAUCAUCAUCAUCAGACUAUGGCGUCACCCGAAAGAGACAGCAACUGAGGACGGUCACUACAGCCAGCAAUAAUGUAUGAUCUAAUCCGUAGUUGAAAUCUCAUGUAUUUAAAUAAAUUGUAGAAUAAACUGUUUCUUUUAAACCUUAAUUACAUUGUUUUAUAGUUUUAUACCAAGGUUUAACGCAAAUAUUUGUGGUAAAUUUGCUUUGUAGGUAAUUUGUUAAAGGUUUUGAUGUAAAGCAAAGUGAAAAAAAAUUGAAAGUCUCCAAUAUAAUGUUUAUCAUAAGUGAAAUUGUGUUGAGUUGAAUUAGUACCUGACCCUAUCUAAUAAUUAUUUUAUUUUCG